GUUUGCGUUCCUCGUUUUCUGCCUAAUCGGGUGGGAACGAGGAACUUUGGAGGUGAUCGGCGUUGUUAGACCCAUCUGUUGCACAAAGUGCUGAGAACAACUCACACUUAAAUCAACCGCAACUCUCGAAUAUACUCUCCGAACACACUUCACCUACUUCUCCAUCCACUAUCAUAAACAAGAAAUAUGGUAUCGUGGCAACAAGAAGUACCGGCCCUAAGGGCAGACAUCAACGGCGAGGUUCUCCUGCCCGGCGAUGAGGGAUACGAAGACAGUCUCAUACGCUGGUCCAUCGUCUGCAUCAAGCCAGCGGGCAUAGUCGUCAAGCCAAAGUCAGCCCACGACGUCUCAGCAGCAAUCCGCUUCGCCACAAAACACGACAUCCCCUUCACCACCAGCGGCGGAGGCCACUCCACCGCGGGGACCUCGUCCUCAGACGGCGGGAUGGUAAUCUACCUAGCAUCCCACCUCCGCGACGUGACAGUCGACCCAGCGAAACGCCUCGUCACCUACGGCGGCGGCUGCACCUGGAAGGACGUCGACGCUGCGGCCUGGAAGCACGGCCUCGCGACCGUCGGCGGGACGGUAUCGCACACGGGCGUCGGCGGGCUCGUGCUCGGCGGGGGGCAGGGGCUGUUGAGCGGGCUCCACGGCCUCGCGGUUGAUUGUCUUGUUGAAGUGGAGGUUGUUCUUGCGGAUGGGUCGAUUGUUACUGCGUCGGAAACGGAGAAUGCGGACUUGUUUUGGGCGCUGCGUGGGGCGGGCGCGAGUUUUGGUGUUGUGACGAGGUUUACUUCGGAGGUGUUUCCUCAGGGCAAGGUGUGGUAUGGGGCGUUGAUGUUUGCCAACUCGCAGCUGCCUGCGCUGGUUAGUUGGGCAAAUGAGUUUGCGGAGAGGAUGGAUGGGAGGCAGUUUGUUAUUAUGGGGUUUGCUUAUGGUCCACCGGGGCCUGAUGCGAAGCCCAUGAUUAUUGUUCAGCCGUUCCAUAAUGGUACGGGGGAAGAGGCGACGGAGGGCAUCUUCAAGGGACUGCUCGAUGUGGGACCGCUGGUGAACAUGGCGGCCGAGAUGGAUUACCCAACAGCCAACACGAUCCUUGAUGAGCUCCAGGGCCCCGGCGCAAGACGGCUGAUGGGCGGAACUAACCUUACCGCGCCAUUCGAGCUAGCCAAGUGGGAAGAGAUGAGCAGGGAGUUUUACUCGCGCGUCGACGAGGAGACGGCCAACGGCAACGACAUGCGAGGGAGUAUCCUAGCCGUGGAAAUCUACAAGAAGGACAAGGUGGUGAGCGUGCCGUUUGGAGCAACAUCGUACUCGAACCGCGGGACGUACUUUGACUGCAUGGUCUUGACUUGCUGGACGGACCCAGCCAAGGACGGCAUGAUCAGGGGCUGGAACCGGUCUUUGGCGGCAAAGAUCAAAGGGGAGAAUCACACUGGUGAGAGGGGCGGCGUGGGACAGUAUAACAACUAUGCGAGCAGCGAUGUGGGUGUCAAGGAAGGAUUUGGGGAGAAUGCAAAGAGGUUGGUGGAGUUGAAGGGAAAGUAUGAUCCGGAGAACCGGUUCUCGCGCAGUCCCUGGAAGAUUGUUGCCUCGUAGAAGGUAGACAUGGCUUUAUCAUGAGAUUGGGGUCGGUUUAUGCACCCUAAGUACUAAGCUAUAUCUAGACGUUGCACUCUUUUGUACGCCCAGGUGGAAUCUUGUCCGUUGGGUCAAGUCGGAAAUUUUACAUAUCGUCCAACACAGUGGAGUCCCAGAGACUUCAUGAUUGAAGUAUGAGGCUGGUGUCGAGAGAGUAGCUGUCAAGGGUAUCCGAGGGCUGCAUACCUGCUAGCCACCAAUGCGAAACAUCAAAUAAUGUUCG